GCGGCCGAGCUCCUCGGAGGGCCCGAUCCUCCCGUCGCUCCUGCGCGCGCGGAGAGCGCACCCUCCGCCCGGCCUCGCCGCGCGUUCCAAGGGCUCCCAGCCCGCAGCAUGCGCGCCCGGGAGCUCCCGCUGGUCCUGCUAGCGCUGGUCCUCUGCCAGGCGUCCCCGGGGCCUGCCGCCCCGGUGCCGGCGGGCGGAGGGACCGUGCUGGACAAGAUGUACCCACGCGGCAACCACUGGGCGGUGGGCCACUUAAUGGGGAAAAAGAGCUCAGGAGAGUCCCCAUAUGCUUAUGAAGGAGGGAGCUGGAAGCAGCAGCUGCAGGGAUAUGUUUGGAGGGAAGAAGCUGCAAGGAAUUUGCUAAGCCUCUUAGAAGCAAAGGGGGCUAGAAGCCAGCAGUCACCUCAAAGCGAGCCCCUGGGCAUCCACCAGUCUACUUGGAAUUCUGAGGACAGCAGCAACUUUAAAGAUGACUUCCUGUUCAAGUCCUCAACGUGAAGGAAGGACCCCCCCAGCUGAAGUGACGGUCAUGGUGGGGUCCUCUCUCAAAGAAGCAAAGCAAAACCCUUAGGAGACUGUGCGUUCUAUGGGCAUCAAUUCAACUGGAUCAUCAACAAGAUUUCCUUUCUGCAAAAUACUUAACUAUUCUUGUAUCUUUCAACCUUGACUAAAUGAAUGAUUUUCAAGAAGCAUCUCGUGGUUUGAACUUGUUUGCUGUGAACCAUUGUCCAUAAAGAGGCUUCCAAUGAAUGCUCUUUACAUCUAGGCUAUUUGUCGAUUAGAUUACAGUCCCUGACCUGUGACCAUUCACAAUAAAAGCUUAAAUACAUUGUUCAAAGGACAGAUAGUUCUCUUAUUUCAAUUCCAAAUGAGAGGACAGUGUGGUGGAGAUUAACAAAUAUCUUGAUAAUGAACCUGUGUGCUCACUGAUGACAGCAGGCUGAAUUUUAACUCUCCUUCCCGAGGCCAUGAAUUGCAUCUUUGUCCUAACUUUACAGCUUUUUUAGAGGCUGCAACUAGAAGCUCACCUCCCCCUUUAUC